UCCUCCUCUACCUUUUGUGAGCGGGUUGCGCUCCCGUUGAAUCGCCUGCUCGUUGUUUCCCGGAGUCCGGCGGAAGAAGAAGUUGUCCCCCCGCUCCGUGGCGCCUCCAGCUCCGAGUCCAGCUAUCUACCGUCGUGUCGGUGGAUUUUCUUUUCCCCCAGCGAGCCCCGGGGAUGAGCCGGUGAACCGGACGGGGAAGGAGUCGCCUGCUGCUCGGCUCCGGGUUGCGUUGGGAACAAACAGCCGAGAGGGAGGGGAGGAAGGACGUAAAUAAGCCCGGAGAUGGUUCACUUUCCGCGGGCACCUUCGGCGACUUUACUGCGGCUUUAACAUCCGGCUGAAAACGGACGAGGAGAGACUGGAAGACGGGUUUGAUUAAAGCGCUUCUCGGAGACCAGCCAUGCCGGACCAGAUCACGGUUUCGGAGUUUGUCGCAGAGACGAAUGAGGAUUAUAAAUCUCCCACCGCGUCCUACUUCACCACCAGGAUGUCCCACUGCAGGAACACGGUGGCUGCCCUGGAGGAGGCUCUGGAUGUGGAUCGCAGUGUCCUCUACAAGAUGAAGAAGUCGGUGAAGGCCAUCUACGCGUCUGGUCUGGCCCACGUUGAGAACGAGGAGCAGUACACCCAGGCUCUGGAGAAGUUCGGGGAAAACUGCGUGUGCAGAGACGACCCUGACCUGGGUUCAGCCUUCCUCAAGUUCUCCGUCUUCACCAAGGAGCUCACCGCACUUUUCAAAAACCUUUUCCAGAACAUGAACAACAUCAUCACCUUCCCCCUGGACAGCCUGCUGAAGGGAGACCUGAAGGGCGUCAAAGGGGAUCUGAAAAAGCCUUUUGACAAAGCCUGGAAAGACUACGAGACCAAAGUGACCAAGAUCGAGAAGGAAAAGAAGGAGCACGCCCGGCAGCACGGCAUGAUCCGCACGGAGAUCAGCGGGGCCGAAAUAGCCGAAGAGAUGGAGAAGGAGCGCCGGUUCUUCCAGCUGCAGAUGUGUGAGUAUCUCCUCAAAGUCAACGAGAUCAAGAUCAAGAAGGGCGUGGACCUGCUGCAGAACCUCAUCAAGUACUUCCACGCGCAGUGCAAUUUCUUCCAGGACGGCCUGAAAGCCGUGGAGAACCUGAAACCCUCCAUAGAGAAACUGGCUACAGACCUGCACACGAUCAAGCAGGCCCAGGAUGAGGAGAGGAAGCAGUUAACUCAGCUGAGAGAUGUCCUGAAAACGGCUCUGCAGGUGGAGCAGAAGGAGGCGCGGAGAGACUCCCAGGUGCGGCAGAGCACGACCUACAGCCUGCACCAGCCGCAGGGCAACAAGGAGCACGGCACCGAGCGCAGCGGCUUCCUGUUCAAGAAAAGCGACGGGUUGAGGAAAGUCUGGCAGAAGAGGAAAUGCACGGCCAGAAACGGAUACCUGACCAUCUCACACGGAACCGCUAACAGACCGCCUGCUAAGCUCAACCUGCUGACCUGCCAGGUGAAACACAACCCUGAGGAGAAGAGGAGCUUCGACCUCAUAUCGCAUGACAGAACGUAUCAUUUUCAAGCUGAAGACGACCAGGACUGCCAGAUCUGGAUCUCAGUCCUGCAGAACAGUAAGGAGGAGGCGCUGAAUCAGGCGUUUAAGGGGGACCACCAUGUUGGCGAGAACAACAUCGUGCAGGAGCUGACGAAGGCCAUCCUGGGGGAAGUGAAGAGGAUGACGGGGAACGACGUGUGCUGCGACUGCGGCGCCCCCAAUCCGACGUGGCUGUCCACCAACCUGGGCAUCCUCACCUGCAUUGAAUGUUCAGGCAUCCACAGGGAGCUGGGCGUCCACUACUCGCGGAUCCAGUCUCUCACGCUGGAUGUUCUCAGCACCUCGGAGCUCUUGCUGGCCAAGAACGUGGGGAAUGCAGGCUUUAAUGAGAUCAUGGAAGCUUGUUUAAAUGCUGAAAAUGUGGUGAAGCCGAACCCAGCGAGUGACAUGCAGACGAGGAAAGACUUCAUCACGUCCAAAUACAUUGAGAAGCGGUUUGCCAAGAGGAAGUGUCCCGACGCGGCGCCGCGGCUCCACACGCUGUGCGAGGCGGUGAAGGCGCGCGACAUCUUCUCCCUCAUCCAGGUCUACGCUGAGGGCGUGGACCUCAUGGAGCCCAUCCCGCUGGCUAACGGACACGUGAGAACGCCAACGUCUUUUCUUCAGCAGCUAGGAAGCCCUGAGCUGGUGUGGAUAACCUGGUGGUGUGUGCGUUCUCUUCAGGAACAAGGGGAGACGGCCCUCCAUCUGGCUGUCAGGCUGGUGGACAGAACCUCUCUGCACAUCGUCGACUUCCUCACUCAGAACAGUUUGAAUUUGGAUAAGCAGACGGCCAAAGGCAGCACAGCGCUGCACUACUGCUGCCUGACCGACAACAGUGAAUGUCUGAAGCUGCUGCUGCGUGGAAAGGCCUCCAUAGAUAUCGCCAACGAAGCCGGGGAGACGCCGCUGGAUAUCGCUCGCAGGCUCAAACACACCCAGUGCGAGGAGCUGCUCAGCCAAGCUCUGGCAGGAAAAUUUAACGCGCAUGUCCACGUCGAGUAUGAGUGGCGCCUGAGACACGAGGACCUGGACGAGAGCGACGAGGAUCUGGAUGAGAAGCCGAGCCCUCAUCGGAGAGACGACCGACCCGUCAGCUGUUACACCCCCAGCAGUAACUCCCACCUACAGUCCGGACUGGGGCCUGCGGGCCGGGAUGGUGUGGGUCUCAGUAAGGACAAGCACCGUGUCUUCAUGCCCAGCCUGGUUAACAACGAGACGUAUGGCACCAUCCUGAACACCGGCUCCCCUCAGUCCACCUCCUCCUCUGCUCCGCCGCUGCCCCCAAGGAACCUGGCCCAGCUCUCCUCCCUCGGAGGAACCAGUCAGUCCUCUACCUCCAGCGCCUGGAAACCAGGAUCUUUAGACCUGGUCGGGCGACAGCGAUCAUCCUCAGACCCACCCAACAUGCACCCCCCUGUCCCCCCAAUGAGGCUCACUUCUAAUGCAGGUCUGGGUCUCGGCCCUGUAGCCAAGAUGGAAGCCAUACAGUCCAAGUCGGGUCUGGGUCCGAUGGGGACCCGGUCGGGGCCACCAAAAUCUCCUGCUGGCAGCGAUAAAAGCUUCAGCCGAGGAUUCCUUAAUCGAAGUGAAUCUAUAGAAAGAGCAAUUAAGGAAGUGCCAGGAUGCCCCCAGAACUCGGUGCCUCCGGCUUUCGCGUCAAGGAAGACAUUCCCAAAGCAGAGACCAAAGCGGGUGAAAGCCGUCUACAACUGCGUAGCCGACAACCCGGACGAGCUGACGUUCUCUGAGGGCGACGUGAUCGUGGUGGACGGAGAGGAGGACCAGGAGUGGUGGCUGGGCCACAUCGAAGGAGAGCCGAUGAGAAGAGGCGCCUUCCCCGUCACGUUCGUCCACUUCAUCGCUGACUGACUGACGGACGGCUCCUCUUCAUCAGGGGAUGCUGCGUCACACGGCGGCCAUCGCCCCCCCCCCCCUGCACAGACUCCCUGCCUUCCACCGAGGACCCAACUGUGUUUGGCUCCUAACCCAGAAUCUGUAGAAAACAAGGAUUUUUUGGCACCAAAUAGAUUUUCCUCGUUGGGAACCGUGUUGCCGCGUAAUGAAGGUCACGUAAACAGUGUUUAUCUCCUUAGAUCCGGCGUAUUUUAACGAGCUCUAAGACGACGUGCUCAAAUUCCACGUCUGUGCAUGAACCGUUUUUUUGUAGAUUCGGUCUUUGUAGAUCUGUAGGGGCCCUCGUGUGUGGAGGAUAAGCCCAGCGGUGCUAAAUUAACCUCCCGGUGUUCGCCACACUGCAGCCGGCGGAGCCUCCAUCUCAACACAGCUGGAAGAAAAAAAAAACUAUUUCUCUGGGUUUUGCAACAAAUUUAUGCAUUUUCUCUAAAUGCUUUUACUCCCACAGUCCCUGCCGAGUGCAGUUAGGUUCUGAAUACAGGUCAGGGUUUGUUUUUAAAUACAUAGCCUUUCAUUUGUCACAUAAAAACAGCAUCAUUAGCCAGCCACAGCUGCCCACUGGAGGGAUGGCACCCUGGGAGGAGAGCCACAGCCUCCGUUGGCCCGUUAAUCCGUCAUUAUGCGCCACACAGGUGGAGCCGCUUUCCCCGGCUUCUCUGUGAAAAGCAGGAACACCGUGGAGGAAAUAAAGCUGUUGAAACCUGGGUACUGGUACCCAGCCCGUCUCCCCCUCCUGUAACAGGUCCAUAUUUUAUUUUAUUUUUUUAGGUCAGACUAUUAGUCCAGCUGGUUGUUACAUUCACGAUAAACGAUGAAGCUCUUUUGUUCUCGUCUUUCUCGUGAAAAGAGUGAGGUGAUGCGUCAUCUGCACAGAAUAAGCUGCCUGUGAAAAGAAGAGAUUUAAAGCAAACGUGGGAAUGUGAAGUAAAGCCUGUUGCCUUCAGAGGAGCCAGCAGGCUGCUGACCUUGAUGUGCAUCACAACCAAGUCCUCAGUCUGGGCUCCUCAGAUGUAGAAAGAUGCUUUUAAAAAUACCGCGUAAUUAACUUCCUCGUAGCUGCACAGAAAGUUCGUGUUCAUGUUGCUGAUUUUUCUGUGUUUAACCUGAAAUCGGAGCCUUCCGCGGGUUUGUGAACGACGAGAAGAGAAGCUGCCUCUUCAUCCAUCACUGGAAACAGGAUGAAGUCGCCCGUUUGUGUGUAAAUAGAUUUGGCUUUUGUUUGUGUGUAUUUAAUAAAAAAUAAAAAAAAGCUGAGCUGCAGUGAUGAGCAGCUAGAAAGGCGGGCUGUCAGGAACCGGGCCUGAGCAUCACUAACCUGAAUCAUAACACCUGCAAGGCAAUGGGAACGUACGACUGGAAAAAUAAAUUAUGGAAUAAUGUU